AUGGUUCUCGAUUUGGAUCUAUUUCGUGAAGAUAAGGGCGGAUGCCCGGACCGCAUUCGCCAGAAUGUCAAAUCCCGUUUUGAUGACGUCGAAGCCGUCGAGAAGGUGAUCAGCCUAGACACCAAGUGGCGAGGCUUGCGGCACAGCCUAGAUCAGCUGAACAAGGCGAAGAAUAAGAUCUCCAAGGAGUACGGCAAUAAGAUUAAGCUCAACAAGCAAGCGGGAGGCAACAAGGGAGACGAGGCGGCUGCUCCUACUACGCCGGCCGCCGCCAACGAGACGAAAACCUUUGAGCUAGCUGAACUUUUUGAGAAGAUCAAUGAAAUUGACGCCAGCCUCACGUUGGACAACUUAAAGUCGAUGCGCCAGCAAGUGGAGGACAGGACGAUCGAAGUGACGAAGGAGCUGAACGAACUGGAAGAGACGCGAGAUUCUAUUUUGCGUGAAAUUGGCAACCUCCUUCAUCCUGAUGUGCCCAUCUCCAAUAACGAGGACGAGAACGCCAUCGUUCGCAAGUGGGGCGACUUUGACUUUGAGAAGAAGGGCUUCAAACUGCUUUCGCACAUUGACCUGAUCCAGAAGAUCGGCGGCAUGGACACCGAUCACGGUGCUGACAUUGCCGGCUCUAGGGGCUACUUUCUCCGCGGACCCGGCGUCUUUCUGCAGCAGGCUCUCAUUCAGUACGCCCUGCGCUUCCUGGCUGACGCUGACUUUAUCCCGCUGUACACUCCCUUCUGGAUGAAGAAGCCGCUGAUGGCGGCCGUUGCUCAGCUGAACCAGUUCGAUGAUGAGCUGUACAAGGUGGUGUCGAGCAAGGACAGCGAGGAUAGCGAGGACAAGUACCUGAUUGCCACUUCGGAGCAGCCCAUCUGCGCGGUGCACCGAGGGGAGUGGAUGAACCCUGACUCGUUGCCGAUCAAAUACGCCGGUCUGUCGACCUGCUUUCGCCAGGAGGUGGGCGCUCACGGCCGUGACACGCGAGGCAUCUUUCGGGUGCACCAGUUUGAGAAGGUGGAGCAGUUCAUCAUCUGCUCGCCGAACAAGUCCUGGGACCACUUCCACGAGAUGAUCGCCAACUCGGAGGCCUUUUACCAGUCGCUGGGCAUUCCCUACCAGGUGGUGGCCAUUGUCUCGGGCGCCCUGAACAACGCCGCCGCCAUGAAGUACGACCUCGAGGCCUGGUUCCCCGGCUCGAAGGCCUUCCGCGAGCUGGUCUCUGUCUCCAACUGCACCGACUACCAGUCGAGGCGGUUGCAGAUCCGCUUUGGACAGUCCAAGAAGAUGACCGGCCAGGUGGACUACGUGCACAUGCUGAACGGCACAAUGUGCGCCAUCACCCGCGUCAUCUGCGUCAUUCUUGAGGUGUACCAGACGCCCGAGGGCAUCAACGUUCCCGAGGCGCUGGCGCCCUUCCUCCCGGCAAAGUACUCCAAGUUUAUUCCAUUCACCAAGUACCGAGAGGUUGACGAGCAGAACGAGCAGAGGAAAGGGAAGAAGAAGAAGACUACUCGUUCAUGGAGGCUAUUUAAAUCGACAACAGAAAAGUAUCAUCACCAGCUUGCGGAACCACGCUGCAACUGUACGCUCGACUGCAGCAACAGCAACAGUUGUAGUGUCAACUGUCAAAUUGCUCAUCGUGGAAUCCUUACUUCACACGGCGAGCACAGUAGAUAA